GCUGCUUUGCUUGGGUUGAGAUGUUAUAUAUGGUACUCUGGCUUAUAUAUUUCGUUGUAUGCGUUCUUUGAGAUGAUAACAUUCGGGAAUUGGAUGAUAGGUGGCUUGUGUUUUAAUGUUCCAACUUCAGCAAGAUGAUUUUCCUGUGGACACCCAUGUGUUUGAGAUUGCAAAGGCUAUGGCUUGGGUUCCAGUUGGAGCAGACAUGAAUACGACAUAUCUUCAUCUUAACCAAUGGAUACCAGAUGAACUUAAAUUUGAUCUGAACUGCCUUCUGUAUACACAUGGUAAGCUCUGCCGCAAGUGCAUCAAGAAAGGAGGUAGCACUGGUAAGCAGCAAGAAAAGGAAUACGAGGAUAUCAAUUCCAACUUCAUGUAUGCAAUCUGCAAUGAAGUCGUGUAAUCAACACUAGUACAUAAUGGACUAGUUAUUAGCCAUGAUGCAGUUUUCUCUGCGUCUACAACUUUG